AUGGAUGACGAUGGCGAUGGAAGUGAGAAUUUUGUACAAGAAUUAAUACAAUGCUCAGCAUGUUUGAGACGCAUGCGUCCCGAAGUUUACAAGAAACAUCCAAAUGUUUGUCCGAAGAACUUGGCAAAACAACGAAAUAUUCAAAUAUUUGAUAUGACACGAUAUCGUUCAGUGAAAGCUGGUGAUCAAAUUAUACCUGUAUGCAAAAUAUCGUCUAGCAAUACUACUAAAACAAACGAUAUCACCGUCCGACCAUCUCAAACACGUAGUACAAAACGUGACCGCCAUUCCAACACACUCGUUCCACCUGUAAUCGAUAAUUUCUGUUGUCCCACAUGUAAACGAACUUUUUGUGAAAAAGCGUACGAUCGUCACAUCGCAUUUUGCGCACGAAAAAUCAACCAAAUCCAACAACCGCCGUCUGACGCCGUUCUUCUCGCUCGAUGUAAACUCGAUCGACGAAUUAAGUUCGGUUCGAAUCGACCUGUCUCAACACUAUCGAAAACCAUUCCCGCUAAUUCCAAGCCUCACAUCAAUCAAGAUUUACCGAAGGAAAAACUUUCCUCCCAAGCAUUCACUCUGUUAACAUUAGAAAAAGAACUUCCAACCAUUGGUUUAGCCUAUUGUCCUUGGUGCACGAAACCGUACAUUCCUAAUUGUAUACACUAUUGUCGAAGAUCAAAAGACCGAGUUUCUCUUCAUUCUUGA